CUGGACAGGAAGUGGCUGGUUUUUUUCUGGUUUCCAUGGCGAAGGCAUCUCUGCUGGGGUUGCUGGCCUGCGCCCUGUCUGUGCAGCUGGGUGGUGCAUGCCUCCGUUGCUGGCCAGAUGCUGCUGCAUACUUCCGCUACGAUGCGCAUCUACUGCUUGGGGAUGCGAAGGCUGCUGACAUGUUGGAGAAGCUUUUCUUGGGGAGCCCUGGAGACCAUGCCAACUAUGGUGGAAGCUAUUUGGAACGGGAGCAUAUGGAGCGCGAGGCUGGGACUCUCUUUCUUCGCCUUGAGAAGAUUAUCCAGAAAAGCGGAAAAGAUCACGAACGCCUUAUGAAGGAGGCUGAGCAAGAAAAGCAGAACUUCAUCGAGCAGCUGAAAGAGGCCUAUAAAGCCUUCCUGAAAGAAAUCUGCAGCCUCUCCUGUGGCCAAUCCCGGUUCCAGCCCUAUGAAGUGGCACAAUGCACAAACUGCAGAGUUCUCAAAGCUUCCUGCAAUGAUGCCAUUAUCUGCGCAGGGCCCAAUGUUCUCGCAGCUGUGUUUGUGACAUUUGUGCUGUUGCUUAUUCUUGGAGUUGCCAUGUGGUAUUACCGCCACAAAAAAAAGGCAAAAGGAGAAGCCAAGGAAGAAGAAGCCAAGGAAGACGGGGGAAAGGAUGAAAGUUCUUCUGAGAGCUCCGAGACCUCUGAGUGGUCAGAUGACACUGCCCCAAAUUCACCAGUGUAUUACAACGUCCCGGGCCCAACAAAAUCCAGCAACCCAGAGCCAGUGUACGAGAACAUCCGUCAGUCACCAAAGUAUGAGAACAUCCCAAGUCCCCCAGAACUUGACAUCCCCAAACCCCCAAAGUCCAACAUCUCCAAAGAGUCUCCAAUUUAUGAGAAUAUCCCUAGUCCUCCAUAGUUCAAACGUCCCAUACCAGCUAGCAGGUAAUGACGCAGGAGAUUAAAAAAUUAACAGGUGGUUUUUCAUAA